AUGAACUAUGGCACAAUGACCACCACGGGGAACACCUCAAGCGGAGACAAUAAUACCGCUGCUGAUAUUGAUGUCAAUAUCGCCAAUAACAAUGGUAUUAGCGAUAGAUCUGCGCCCAACACAUCAGCGCAAAGCUUCACUCCGCGCUCACUGAUUGUUGGCCUCGGAAUCGGCACCUUGAUUAUAUUUUCAAAUACUUACUUCGGUCUCCAGACAGGAUGGAUGAGUCUAAUGACUAUGCCGUCAUCCCUGAUUGGAUUUGCCGUGUUUAAAAGCUUAUCGAAACAUCUCUCCUUUCCGUUUACGCCAGUGGAGAAUGUGCUCAUUCAAACUGUUGCUGGUGCCGUGGGCACAAUGCCGUUGGGAUGUGGAUUUGUGGGCGUCAUUCCGGCUCUCGAAUUCCUUCUCAAAGAAGGGGAUGAUGGGAAAUUGGGUGAUGGAGGGACCGGUGAAGGGGGGCCAUUAAACGUCGGUUUCUGGAAGUUGGUGAUUUGGAGUCUUGGAGUCUGCUUGUUUGGAGCUAUAUUUGCAGUUCCGCUUCGAAGAGAGGUUAUUAUUCGAGAAAAACUGAAAUUUCCGAGUGGCACGGCAACGGCUUUGAUGAUUAGGAUGUUGCAUGGGACCUCUGCGGAUGAGAAGUCGGCGGAGCCUCAGCAGAGUCGAACGCUGUCGACGUCUAGCGCUGCAGGUAGAGCUGUCUCUGAUGUUCCAAUCAAGGGUGAUGGCCGCAGGGACUGGAGAUCAAAGAUUCGAUUACUCAUUGGUGCAUUUGCCGUCUCAGCCUUCUAUACACUCUUCUCAUAUUUCAUUCCCCAAGUUCGCGACCUCCCAAUCUUUGGUCUAUCCCUAGCUCAAAACUGGCUAUGGACUCUUAACCCCUCUCCCGCAUACGUGGGACAAGGAAUCAUCAUGGGCCCUUCAACUUCAAUGCACAUGCUACUAGGCGCAGUCCUCGGAUGGGCAAUCCUGUCUCCUAUCGCCAAACACAAAAACUGGGCACCAGGACCAGUUAGUGACUGGGCAAACGGUAGUAAAGGAUGGAUUAUAUGGGUAUCUCUAGCAAUCAUGCUCGCAGACUCGAUUAUUAAUCUCGGUUGGCUCAUACUGCGAACCUCAUACGGAUUUCUACCAUGGCUGAAAUCUAAGCUGCAAACCAUAAAACGAAAGGGAUUAAAAGACGCCAUCUCUGAAAGAGGACAUCGUGCGCACGUUGAAUAUUCAGCUCUCCAUUCACCUGCACAAGCCGAAGAAUUAAAUAUCGAAGAAGAAGAAGAGAACGAAAUAGAGGAGCCCGAUGCUCCUUCCUCGGAACUCAUAUCAAACAGAACCAUUGCUAUUUUCCUGCCACUCACAUUAGUUUUGAACGUGAUAUGCAUGCACAUCGCCUUUGGCAAUAUCAUAACCCCAUUCCUCUCCACAUUCGCCACUCUACUAGCUGUCCUUCUCUCAAUCAUGGGUGUCCGCGCCCUCGGCGAAACAGACCUCAACCCCGUAUCGGGAAUCAGCAAACUGACCCAACUCAUUUUCUCGCUCGUCACGCCAUCAUCACUACACACCCGCCGCUCCGCUAUAGUCACAAAUCUGCUUGCAGGAGCAGUAUCCGAAGCCGGUGCCCUACAAGCCGGUGACAUGAUGCAAGACCUCAAAACGGGCCACAUCCUAGGCGCAAGCCCCAAGGCCCAGUUUUACGGGCAAGUUAUCGGCAGCGUCUUUGGUGCCGUGGUAUCUACAGCCGUAUAUAAGAUGUACGUCAAUGUAUAUACUGUACCUGGUGACCAGUUCCAGAUCCCAGCUGCGUUUGUAUGGAUUUUUACGGCGAGAUUGGUUACCGGUCAGGGCUUGCCGCCUAUGGCGUGGCAGGUUGCUAUGAUCUUUGGAGCGUUUUUCGUGGGGACUACGGUGUUGAAGAUCGUGUCUACUGUUAGACGUGGUGCACAGGGUUCUCCUCCGCCUUCGUGGGUAGCUUUUGUGCCUGGUGGUAUUGCCGUUGCGGUGGGAAUGUUUAAUGUACCUUCCUUUACGCUCGCAAGAGCUAUUGGAGGCGUGAUUGCGUGGUGGUGGGCUCGAAGAAACGCUGAUAAUCGUAUUCCUUUACCUCCAUCUUCGGAUCAGGGUCAUAUUGUUAACGCACCUUCCAAUAACACACGGGACGAAGCAACGACUGAUGAACAAGACAGCACUUCGUCAUCCCCUCUCAUAUCUGAGCCUACUAAAGUACGAUCGACGACGAAAGCACAGCCAUCGCCACUUGAUCCAAGUCAAGAAGAUACUUCGUCGUCGACCGUGGUCGUCCUCGCGUCAGGGCUUAUACUUGGUGAGGGCGUGCUCAGUAUUGCGAAUUUGGUCCUUGCUAGUUUGGGAGUGCCUCAUCUCUGA